UUACAAAACAGACAGCUUUUGCUUUGUGGACUUACCUAUCAGAUAAAUCUCAAAGCUAGAAACAGUUAUUUCAGCUAUGUGUGGAUUUGUGUUUUCUCUCUGUACAUUUGGAGGUUUUAUUUUAUGUUUAAGUCAUUGUGUUUCAGGCAGAUUUACAGAUGACAUACUACACAACAGGGCUAAUUCUUCAAGACAUAUGAGAAGUGUUGGAAGACCGGCUCCUAUUGACUGUAAACUCAAGAGCUGGUCAGCAUGGUCACCAUGUAACUCUUGUACAGAGAGGAUGUUUCGUUUCCAGUACUUGGAGCGUCCCUCUCAGUUUGGGGGUCAGCAGUGUGUUCACAGUCAGUGGGAUAAGAGGAAAUGUCCAGCAGAGGGAGACUGUCAACCUCAGGACCACUGCGGAGAAAUGUUCGCAUGUGGGCCCAGUGGACGUUGUAUUGGACAGCAGCUUCGCUGUAAUGGUGAGACCGAAUGUCUAUCAGAGGAAGAUGAAUCUGACUGUACUGUCAUCAAUACAAGAGAAACCAAAUGUAAAGAAACCGACAUGAUGCUCAUACCAGGAGCUGAGAAAGGCACUCAAGGAUAUAAUGCCUUAUCGGAUACUUUUAUGAAUCCCGUUCUUGACCCCAAAUACUAUGGAGGCAUUUGUGAAUACAUCUAUAACGGAGAGUGGCGCAAACUCACCUACGAUCCCUUCUGUGAACACCUCGGUUAUGAUGAUGAUGAAAAGUAUUACCGGAAACCUUACAACUUCCUCUCCUAUCAGUUUAUGGCACAAGCAUCUACUGAGGAAAGUACAGAUUAUUACGAGGAUGCUGUUAGUUUUCUCAAAGCAAUUAGGACAGAAUCAUCUUCGAACGUUGGAGUUUCAGUUGGAAUCUAUCAUGUGGAAGCUGGUGUUAACAUGGGCCACGAACAAACUUUUUUAAAAAACAUAUCACAAUACAACAAUAAGGAGGUGGGUUUCAUCCGGCUGUUGUCAAGAGUGCAGACAGCACAGUUUAAGAUGAGGAGCAAAGACCUGAUGCUGGAUGAAGAGAUGCUGUGGGCUCUGACCGAACUUCCUGACGAGUACCACUUCGCCGCUUAUUCCCAAUUUUUUAAUGAAUACGGCACACACUACGUCACAGAGGGAACCAUGGGUGGAGUCCUGGAUUAUGUUGUGAUUGUAAACAAGGAUACCAUGAGAGAAAGAGAAUUAACAGGGAAAGAGUUUGGUAUCUGCAUUGGUGGCUCUUUGGGCUUGUCUGUGACUGAGGAGAUCAGUGCCCAAUUGACAGUGAAAGGAAGACAUUGUAAAAAAGACGGAGAAGUGAAUGAAUUUAAUAGGAAAUCCGACAAAGUUAUUGAGGAUGUCAUUAGCUUUGUGAAAGGAGGACAUACGGGCCCUAGCAGUGCAAACUUGGUCAUCAGGGAUGGCAAAAGUUACAAGAAUUGGGGAAAGAGUCUUAAAUACAACCCGGCAUUGAUUGAUUUUGAGAUUCUACCAAUAUACGAGUUGGUGCGCUUUAGCACGGCAGCUGAGCAGCUGCGUCCAAAGAUGCCCCAUCUUAAGAUGGCAUGGGAAGAGUACAUGCAGAUAUUCAACACGUGUCACUGUGCCCCUUGCAUGUACAACGGAGUUCCUGUGCUCACCAGGGCGGACUGCAGCUGUUUAUGUAAAAGUGGAUACAGUGGAGAUGCUUGCGAAGUGACUCAAAGAGAAGGUCCUACAGAUGGAUCCUGGAGCUGCUGGAGCAGCUGGUCCUCCUGCACAUCUGGAAAAAAGACGCGGAAGCGGGAAUGUAACAACCCUGCACCAAACGGUGGUUUACCUUGUCAAGGAAACAAGGUUCAGAUAAAGAGUUGCUAAGUGUUGCUAAGUUUGUUUUACACACAAAUGUUAAUAAGUGCGCAUUUAAGAAUGUAUGUGCAGUAAUAAAGGUGAAACACAUGUCA